AUCUUUCAUCAAACGUUGUUAACAAAUUGUGUAUCCGUGUGCGUGUGUGUGGUUGUAAACGUGUGGUUCCGUGAGCCAAAAGCAUCAUUUCGAGGCAUUCAUAUUUGCUCAUAGACGGGCUGCCUGCCAGUUGGCACGGCCACCGUGCCCGCCCCCGCCUCCGAAUCGUCGCAGUUGCAGCCGCAGCUGUUGUCCUGGGAUACACAAAAGGAUUUUCAGACGCCCAGAAGUAAACACGAGCGGCGAAACGAAAGCAACUGCACAGCGGCAGCUGAAAUUGAUUGAAAGAACAACAAAAACGGAAAGGUGGUUGCGCAUCCGCCGGGUUGGCUGCCAGGCGAACUAAGAAAUACAACGAAAUCAAGGUAAACGUUUGAUGUGCAGGAGGCGGCCAGCAAACAAGCAAAGAGAGCAAGCAAAGGAGCCGCAACCAGGAACAGAAACAGAACCCGCCAACCACGCACAAACCACUUACACAAGGACCUAUUCAAAUAAGCCACGACCAACUCUCUUCCGGCCAGAAAAUGUCGCUCGAUGCCACCUCCGCUUCGGGAAGCACGGCACACGUCUCGACAACCUCCAUAAGCAACGAUGAGCCCCGCGUCGUCUGGUUGAAGACCAUCAUUGCCAAUCAGCUGGGCGUCUUUGAUCCCAUCUAUGUGAACACCCUGAUACGACAGAAUAUGCCCUCCGUAGAAGACUUCUUCCAGCGUCGCUACGAGUCACAGAUCAACCUGCCUUACGUGGUCAUGUUCUUUUGGCGCACCUUCUAUGACAAGCUUAUAGAGGAGGAAAUCACAGUGCUGGAAGAGGUGCCCCGGCCAUCAAAGACCUUAUUGCCCGAGAAGAAGGGCAAGGGCAAGAAGAAGGGCGAUGGCGGCCGGAUGGCAGGUGGCAAGUCUACCGGCAAGGCGGCUGGAGCAGCAGCAGCAGGAAAAGGACGCAAGAAGGGUGGCCAGGAUGCGACCAACGAGAAUGAGGCAGCUGCCCCAGCGAGUGGCGAUCAAGAGCACAACGAGGAAGCCACAUAUACAGGCGGCGAGACCACAGAUGCCGAGGUGGAGGGCGAGAUGGAAGGCGAGGAGGAGGCCACCGUUGCUGGCAGUGCCAAGAGCUCAGCUCGAUCAAGACGAGGCCGCAAGAAGAAGAAGGCGCCCAGCUAUGUGCCGGUCUACGUGGAGGUGAAGAAACUUGUACCUGCGUAUGUGAAGACGCCACAACUGCACUGCCACUUUGGGGAAAUGCAGUCCGAGGACCUCGACCCAAAAAUAAAAUACGUCUACAUAACAAGGAAGGAAAGAAGGGAGAUUCCGUGGUUCGAUGAUGUACAGAGAUGCUUUGCGGAAAUGCCGCUGUACUUCCUGAUUGGCACUGUGCGAGGGUCACUUAUCAACUCACUGCGCGACGACUUAAACCUGGUUUACAGCAAAGCCAUUCAAUAUCAAUUUCGCGAACCGGCCACAGCGGACAGCCAGCAAAUGGACAGUUAUGAGGGGCAAACUGGUGGCAGCGGCGGCGGAGCGGGCGAUGCCGGCGAGGAUAUAUCCAGCGAGGCCAAGGAAUCGGGACCGGGUCUAUUGGAGCUAUCCAAACCAUCGGAAUUUCGUUUGAGAGCGCUUAAAGAACAAAAGAAGAAGAAGGAGAUGGAGGCGGCGGCCAAAAAGGCGAAGGCCAAGAAGCCGGAGGCACAGCCCGAGGAGGAAGAGGAAUCCCAGGGAGAUGCUGUGAUUGCGGCCCACUUGUCGUCCUCCGAAGAAGAAGUCGUAGUCAAGGCCGAGAAGCUGACCAUCGCCCAGCGCUGGGAGAAGAUGCUCAGCGAGACAAAGGCCAAGGUGGAGGCCGAGCAUGCCGCCGAGGAGGCCACACCGCCGCGCAUUACGCCCAUCCAGAGGCGGAUACUCCAGGAGAUCGAGGACUUCCAGAGCGAAAUCACGUGGACCAUCAACCACAUCGUCUGGGCAUUCAGUCUGCCCUCGUCCUACAUACUGCCAGGUCAGGAGGAGACCGAGUUCGAGGACGCCAUCAUCCGGGUGCCCGUGGACCCGAAGAGGAUGGAUCUGGUGAUAACGUACACCCAGCAACAGCUGGAGGAGGUGGUCGACGGCUGGAUUAAGUACCUCAAGAAGACCAUGAAGGCCCUGACUGACGCCAAGCUGGACGACUUUACGCCGAUGGCCGAGUACCGCUAUUGGCACAAGAUGGAGGUGGAGCUCUACGGAACGCUGGAGCAGCUGAAGACGGAGUUUGUGCUGGCCGUGCUGCAGCGUUUGGAGGACGACAAGUCACCGGUUUUGGUCGAGUGGCAAAAAAUUCUCGAGACAACAGAGGCCAGGUUCAAGUUGGCCAAGGAGAACUCCGAUUAUCUGGGCACCAUUACGGAUUAUCUGGAGAAAGUGCGCAGCUAUGAGAGCUUCAAAAUGGUGGUGCUGCAGAUACCCAAUAUCAUGGUGGGUCUGCGGCACAUCUGGACCAUGUCCAGCCACUUUUGCCGCGAUCCCGAGAUGCAGGUCCUGCUCUGCCAGAUCUCCAAUGUCUUUGUCCAGAAGGUGAAGGGCAUCAUCAACUUUGAGAAUAUUUUUAAAUACUCCGCCACAUACACCCACGAAACGGCCACCAACUGCGCCAACCUGCUGCGCUGCUGGAAGCAGGCCUACAAGCUGAGUCGCCAGCACAUCGAGGACUCGGGGGCUGGCUCCCGCUGGGAAUUCGACAGCGUGGCCCUCUUCAACGAGGUGAAUCACAUCCACCGCGUGGCCGUGGACAUUGCCUAUGUGGGAAGAGUGUUUGUCCAGUAUGAGAAUCUCUUUGGGCACCGGCUGAAGGCCUGCAUUGGGGACCCCUCGAUAGUGGACAAUCUGAUGCGCAAGGUAUACCGCAUGCUGGACGAUCUGAUCAAGAGCGUGGACUAUGACAUGUUCAGGCCGGGGAACUGGGAGAACUGGGAGUACUCGCUGGAGCAGUUCAACAAGCGGCUGGAGAGCGUGGAGAAUGAGGCCAAGAACGUGAUUGACCAGAGCAUCAACUCGUUGCUGUCCUCGGAGAAGGGUCUGGACCUAGUCAUCAAUGCCAUGAACAUCGAUACUAGGCAGGCUCUGCAGGAGUUUGUGGCCACAAAGCAUGAGAAUCUCCUGCGCUUCUUUGUGACUGAGAUUAAUACCGUUGACCGGGUUUUUACGAAACUGAAAAAGAGCCCGCCCAUGGCCAAGCACCAGCCGGCCAAGAUUAGUGCCAUAUUUUGGACACGCUUGCUGGGCAAGAAGCUUAAGACCUCCGUGCUGGCAUUCAAGCGGGUGGAGGAUGAGCCGGCCAUUGCCAACAGCUUCCUGAAACGCACCUCCUUCAAGCAGUACUUCGAGCUGAUGACCACUAUGUUCCAGUUCGAGAAGGUUCUCUUCGAUAACUUUAUACAGAAUGCCACCUACAUGGUGAACACAGCGAACCGCUCCAACAUCCUCAGCAUUGGCAUAUGCAAGGAGGCCACAAUGAACUACAUUUCCGAGUCCAUCCAAACCUUAAAAGCCAAGCCACGGGAAACUAUGAGCGGCGGUGAUGAGCCUCGCAAGGCACCAAGCCUGAGAUCCGAAGGCUCCGAAGGCUUUAGUGUCUUUAGCUCUAUAGAGUCGGCCAGUCAGUCCGGAUCCUCGUCAGAAGACGAUGCCCUGCUGGUGGGCGACACCUCCCAGAAGAAGCUGAUGUGCCGCAUCAACAAGCUCACCGUGCUGGUGGCCAUGAUCAUGUGGAUGGUGAGCAACACCCGGAAGGCCAAUAGGCAGCUUCAGGAGUGCAUCAACUUUAUAAAGUUUGUCAAGGACAAGAGACCCAAGGAUGUCACUGCCUUUGAUAAGCACUGCGUUAGGAGCUGCGAAUUGCUCCAACGAGCCGAGUCCCAGUACCUGUUGCCCAUUUGGCGCGAGCUGGUUGGCGACAAGACCCUUAUCGAGUUCGACAUGGACUUCAGGGUGAACCUUAAGCGGGAGGUGUUCGACACCCUGUUUGAGGCCCAGCAGUUCGAGCACCUGGGCUUCACGCUGCCCGCGGUGCUGCGCACGGCGAUCAUGAAGAAGGAGCUGCUCUUUAAGGACUACGAGCGAAUGACCCAAGUGAUCGAUCGGUACAAGGCGAUCAUCAAUAACCUGUCCAUUUCCGAGGUGAUCUUUCUGCGCGGCCACAUCUACGACACGGAACUCUUCAUCCAAAUGGGUGUGGGUCGGUACACCUGGACGUCCUUUAACAUUGGCAAGUUCUGCGAUCAAAUCAACUCUCAGCUGCGCAAGCUCACGUCCAUAGUGUCCCAAAUCAACUUCAUUCGCCUCGAUCUGCGGUCGCGCAUCGAUAUGAUCAAGAGCUUCAACCUGUUUAAUUUGGAUGAGGAAAUGGUGGUGGACAGCGGCGAACCGCGCGCCUCACCAUCGGAGAGCAUUCAAGACCGAAAAUCCAUGCAGAGAUUUAAAUCGGCGACUGGCGAGAGUGUGACGGUUUUUACCGUGGAAAAAGAGGCCCAGGCCGAGGAAAAGGGGGAACAUUCAUGCGGCCAAAAGGUGUAUCCCUGCCAGGACUACUUUGAGAUCCUGGAGGCUUCGCGGAAUCGCAAGGCGGCGCAGAUGAAGAAGCUGUACGACUCCCUGGGUCCGGUGCUGAUCAAGCUGGAGAGUCUGGUGCUGGGCACAUUUUCGGGCCGAUCGGACCGCAUGAAAACCUACUACGAGUACUGGGAAGAGGAGACCUUCAAGUGCAUUGUCGACAUGACCUAUGCCAAUCUAAAGUGUUAUAUUGGCCGCCUCCUCUCGGAUCAACCCAUGUUCGAGGUGAAUGCGGCUUUGCUGAUGUCGGAGAUUGUCCUAGAGCCAUCGGUGCAGGAGCUGCAGCACACUAUUGUGAGCGCCUGCAAGGAUUAUAUAUCGCGCUUGAGGAUCUUUACGCGCUGGAUGACCAGCACUUGCAUAGCCGUUCCUCCGGUGGAAAUGGGCAAGCAGUUCAAGUACAACUACACCUACUACGAGGACGUUAUCCAAAUAAAGUCCAUUGUGGAGCUGGUUAUAAAUAUCCACGAAUUGGCCAUACGAAUCGCCGGUGAGGCCAAGGGCUUUGUAUCCCAAUUCCGCAAGUACUUCAAUCUGUGGGCGUACGAGAAGAGCUUCAUAUGCCAAAAGUUUGUGGAGAAACAGGUGACGCUCAUGGAAAUCGAUGAGAAAUUUACAUUUUACUCGUCCAUCGUGGAAACCCUGGACACCCUGCCCAAGUACCAGGACGUCAAGUGUGUGCGCAUAAAUUUGCAGCCAUUGCUGGAUAGCAUAACGCAACAUGCCAAGGACUGGUGCACCACGCUGGGCGAGGAGCUGCUGCGCCAUGUCAACGACAACAUGAGGGCAAUGCGUAACGAAAUCAAAACCCUUAGCCUGAAUCUCAACAAGACCACACGUGAGCUGGAGGACUUCAAGCUGGUCAUGCAAACCAUUGCCACAGUGCAGUCGACGACGCUGACCAACGAGCAGAAGAUACACGAAAUGCAGGAGACAUUCACCAUUCUGAGCGAGCAUACGAUAUUGUUCCCCUACGAGGAUUUGCUGAUGGCCCACCACCUGGAGAAGCGUUGGAAGCGGCUGUUCCUGUCGGCCCUGUACCGCUCGGAGAAGCUGCAACCAAUUAAGCAAAAAUUCGCCGACAUGACUUCCGUUGAAAUCGAUGAAUUCUGCGAUGAUCUGGGAGACUUUAUCAAGGAUUAUGAUGAAAACGGCCCAGGAUCCGUGGGUCCUGAGCUGGAGCGCGGCGUGCGGCUAAUGGAUCCAUAUGGUCAGAAAAUAGCCGAGCGGGAGGCUCGUCGGGAGGAGCUGGCCAAUGCGGAGCGACUCUUCGACAUGCCCAUGGUGGACUACCAUGAGUUUUCGCGAGUGCAAACCGAGUAUGAGGGUCUAGAGCAGCUGUACAAACUGUACAAGGCACAGAAGUUCGCUCGCGAGGGCUGGGGCAAGACCCUGUGGGCCGACCUGGAUCCCAACGUGCUGACCGAGGGCGUUGAGAGCUAUCUGAAGGAGUUCCGGAAAUUGACCAAGCCGGUGCGCACCCUUCCAGUUGGCGGGCAGCUGGAGAUUCACAUGAAGCAGUUCAAGGGCACCGUGCCCCUGAUGGUGAGCCUCAAGAACGAGGCCCUUAGGGAGCGCCAUUGGCUGCAGUUGAUGGAGAAGACCGGCCAGUAUUUCGACAUGUCACCGGCUCGCUUUACGCUGGAGAACAUGUUCGCCAUGCAGCUGCACAAGUACCAGGACAUUGCCGAGCAGAUCCUCACCAAUGCCAUCAAGGAGCUGCAGAUCGAGCGCGGUGUUCAGGCUGUGGUGGAGACCUGGGCGAACAUGUCCUUCAAGACGUUUAAGCACUACAAGGGCGCUGAAGAUCGCGGCUGGGUGCUGGGGCCGGUGGAUGAGAUCAUGCAGAUACUGGAGGAUAAUGCCAUGAAUCUGCAGUCAAUGGGAGCAAGUCAGUUCAUUGGUCCCUUCCUGGAGACUGUAAACAAAUGGGAGCGCACCUUGGCCCUCAUCUCGGAGAUCAUUGACGAGUGGCUGCUGGUCCAGCGCAAGUGGCUCUACCUGGAGGGGAUUUUCAUAGGCGGCGAUAUACGCACCCAGCUGCCGGAGGAGGCGCGGAAAUUUGAUGACAUUGACAAGGCAUAUCGCAGGAUCAUGGUCGAUUGUGCCAAAAAUCCGUUAGUGGUGCCAUUCUGCUCAGUUCCCGGCCGCUUACCGGAAAUACAAGGUCUGGGCAUUGGCUUGGAAAAAUGUCAGAAGUCGUUAAACGAAUAUUUGGACUCGAAACGCCGCAUUUUUCCGCGUUUCUAUUUCAUAUCCACCGAUGAGCUGCUCUCCAUCCUGGGCAGCAGCGAGCCAUCUGCAGUGCAGAACCACAUCAUUAAGAUGUACGACAAUAUCAAGUCGCUGCGCCUGGUCAAGGAGGGCAGCCAGACGAUUGUUACCGCCAUGAUUUCCAGCGAGGGCGAGGUCAUGGAGUUCCGGCGAAGCGCCCGGGCGGCGGGUCGCGUGGAGUACUGGAUGAACGAUGUGCUGGACGAAAUGCGUCGCUCCAACCGCUUCAUAAACAAGACGGCCAUCUACGACUUUGGCACAGAUCUGCAAAUUGCAAGGCCCGACUGGCUAAUGAACUACCAGGGCAUGGUGGGCCUGGCGGCCAGUCAAGUCUGGUGGACCGCCGAGGUGGAGGAGGCCUUUGACCAGGCCCAGAACCAUGGCAACAUGCGAGCCAUGAAGGAUUUUCUGGCCAAGAGCAACUACCAGAUUGAAGAGUUGGUCUUGAAGGUGCGCUCCAAUUUGUCGAGGAAUGAUCGACUCAAGUUCAAGGCCCAGUGCACCGUGGAUGUCCAUGCCAGGGACAUCAUCGACAACUUUGUGCGCGACAAUGUCCUGGACGCCGCCGAGUUCAGCUGGGAGAGCCAGCUGCGCUUUUACUGGGUCAAGUUCUAUGACAACCUGCACGUUCUGCAGUGCUCAGGCAGCUUUGACUUUGGAUACGAGUACAUGGGUCUGAAUGGCCGCUUGGUCAUUACUCCGCUCACGGAUCGCAUCUACCUGACCAUCACGCAGGCUCUGCUCAUGAAUCUGGGCGGAGCCCCAGCAGGACCUGCUGGCACGGGUAAGACUGAGACCGUCAAGGAUCUGGCCAAGGCCAUGGGCUUGCUCUGUGUGGUCACCAAUUGUGGCGAGGGCAUGGACUACCGAGCGGUGGGCACCAUUCUCUCGGGUCUGGUUCAGUGCGGCGCCUGGGGAUGCUUCGACGAGUUCAACCGCAUCGACAUCUCGGUGCUUAGUGUGAUAUCCACGCAGCUGCAGACCAUAAGGAACGGUUUAAUAAGGAAACUGGAAAGGUUUAUGUUCGAGGGCGUUGAGAUCAAGCUGGAUCCCAAGUGCGGUGUCUUUGUGACCAUGAAUCCUGGCUACGCUGGCCGCACAGAGCUGCCCGAGUCUGUGAAGGCCCUCUUCCGCCCGGUGACCUGCAUCAAGCCCGAUCUGGAGCUGAUCUGCUUAAUCUCCUUAUUCUCCGAUGGAUUCCUUACGGCCAAGGUGCUGGCCAAGAAGAUGACCGUGCUGUACUCCCUGGCCCAGGCUCAGCUGUCCAAGCAAUGUCACUACGAUUGGGGUCUGAGAUCGCUGAACUCCGUGCUGCGAAUGGCGGGCGUGAUGAAGCGCCAGUCGGAGGAUCUGCCCGAGGCCGUGGUGCUGAUGCGGGUGCUGCGCGACAUGAACUUCCCCAAAUUCGUGUUCGAGGAUGUGCCACUGUUCCUGGGACUCAUCAAGGAUCUGUUCCCGGGCAUUGACUGUCCGCGUAUCGGCUACCCGGACUUUAAUGCUGCCGUGCGUCAUGUCCUGGUCAACGAUGGCUAUGUCCUGCUGCCCGAUCAGGAGGACAAAGUAGUGCAAAUGUACGAGACCAUGAUGACCCGACACUCGACCAUGUUGGUGGGCCCAACAGGUGGCGGGAAGACUGUCGUCAUAAAUGCCCUGGUCAAGGCGCAGAUCUACAUGGGCCUGCCCACCAAGUGCAUUGUGCUUAACCCCAAGGCCUGUUCUGUCAUUGAAUUAUACGGAUAUUUGGACAUGGAAACGAGGGAUUGGAUUGAUGGAUUGUUUUCAAAUAUAUUCCGUGAAAUGAAUAAGCCGAUCGAGCGUGAGGAGCGACGCUAUGCCUGCUUCGAUGGCGAUGUGGAUGCCCUGUGGAUCGAGAACAUGAACUCUGUGAUGGAUGACAACAAGCUGCUGACACUGGCAAACGGCGAGCGCAUCCGUCUGGAGAACUACUGCGCCCUGCUCUUCGAGGUGGGCAACCUGAACUAUGCCUCGCCAGCGACGGUCUCCCGUGCCGGCAUGGUGUACGUCGAUCCCAAGAAUCUGCGCUACAGUCCGUACUGGCAGCGCUGGGUGCUCACACGGCCGGAACCGCAGCGCGAGCUGCUCAAUGACUUUUUCGAGAAGAUCAUAAACCAGGCGAUAGGCUUCAUCCUGGAGGGUAUUGACGGGACCACACAGGGCAAUCCCCUGAAGCUGGUCAUCAUGCAGACGGACCUCAACAUGGUCACGCAGUUCUGCAACCUGUACGACGCCCUGCUGCCCAACUUCGGGCCCGGGGACGGCAAGAACUUCGAUGAGCCGGUGCCACAGGUGUACAACACGGACACGCUGGAGUGCUGCUUCCUGCAGGCCGUCUACGGCUCCAUGGGCGCCUGUCUGCUGGAAAAGCACCAACUCAUAUUCGAUGAGUUCAUGAAGCGCAUUUCCGGUUUCCCGCUCGUGCAGGACACGCCGGAGAAUCCGGCCGGCGGCGGACAGUUUCCGCAGAACAAGCCGUCGCUGUACGACUACUUCUGGGACGUCAAGGAGAACGUGUGGAAGGCCUGGGAGUGGGUGGUGCUGCCGUACACGCACGACCCGGCGGUGAAGUUCAGCGAGAUUCUGGUGCCCACGGUGGAUAACACGCGCAUCAAUCGGGCCCUGGCACUCAUGAGCGAUAUCAAACGACCCGUCCUGCUGGUGGGCGAGGCUGGAACAUCAAAGACGGCCACCAUCAUGCAAUAUUUGCGCAAUCUCAAUCCGACUACCAACGUCAUACUCAAUAUUAAUUUUUCAUCGAGAACCUCGUCGCUGGAUGUGCAGCGAACUCUGGAGGCGGCCGUAGAGAAACGCACCAAGGAUACGUACGGGCCACCGAUGGGCAAGAGAAUUGCCUGCUUUAUUGAUGACAUGAACAUGCCGCAGGUGGAUGACUACGGCACCCAGCAGCCAAUUGCCCUGCUGAAGCUGUUCUUUGAACGCGGCGGAAUGUACGACCGCGACAAGGAUCUCAACUGGAAGAAGUUUAAGGACCUGACCUUCUACGCUGCCAUGGGCACCGCGGGCGGCGGUCGCAACGAGGUGGAUCCACGCUUCAUCAGCAUGUUCUCCACCUACAACAUCGUGUUCCCCAACGAUGAGUCCCUCAUUCAGAUCUACUCCUCCAUUUUCAAGGGCCAUUUGAAGUUCGUGAAGUUCCAGGACCGCUUCAUGCCCAUUGCCGAUAUGAUUGUCAAUAUGACUUUAAAGCUGUUCAAGAUGGUGAUUGUGGACCUGCCGCCGACGCCCUCCAAGUUCCACUACAUCUUCAAUCUGAAGGAUCUGUCGCGGAUCUUUGCUGGCCUGCUGCUCAUCGAGCCCACGUCCUUUAAGGGUUUAAGGGAGCUGAUCAGGGUGUGGCGUAACGAGUAUACCAGGAUCAUUUGCGAUCGACUGAUAUCAGACAAUGACAUCUUGAGUGUGCGGCGUAAUCUGGCCCUUGAGGUGGGUGAACGUUUCCCGCCGUCUUUCGAAGAGGAACAUGGUUUCAUUGAUACCGAAGCCGCAGAGGCCGAGGCCCAGGCUCGCCUCCUCUACGAGCCUUCCAAAACGGACCUUGACUACGGCGAGGAGGAAGGCGAAGAGGAGGAGGAGGGCGAGGGCGAAGCUCCCCCGGUAAUACUCUCGCUCAAGGACUAUGUCCUACGUGAUCCUUUGCUUUUUGGAGAUUUCCGCAACUUUACCAACGAAUCGGAGGCCCGCUUGUACGAGGAUCUGCUGGACUACAACUCCGUUUACUCUCUGUUCACCGAAAUUCUGGAGGAAUACUGCGAGCGGAAGGUCAAGAUGACCCUGGUCCUGUUCGAGGACUGUCUGGAGCAUCUCACCCGAGUCCACCGCACGCUUCGCAUGAAUCGCGGCCAUGUGCUGCUCAUCGGAGUCGGCGGCUGCGGCAAGAAGUGUGUGACCCGGCUGGCCGCCUUUGCCGCCGAGUGCGAUGUCUUCGAGAUCACCAUUUCGCGUGGCUACAAUGAAGCAGCCUUCCGCGAGGACCUUAAGGUCCUCUACACUCUGGCGGGGGUCAAGCGCAAGAAGGUUGUCUUCCUAUUCACCGCAGCCCAGGUGGCCGAAGAGGGUUUCCUAGAAUUGAUUAAUAAUAUCCUGACCGUUGGGCAAGUUCCGGCCUUGUUUGCAGAUGAGGACAAGGAUGGCAUCGUUAAUCAAGUCCGCAAAUUUGCCGAAGAGGAGGGAAUCUCGGCUUCCAAGGAUGCAGUUUGGGCCUACUUCCUGCGCACCUGUGCUGAAAACCUCCAUGUGGUUUUGUGCAUGUCUCCUGCUGGCGAUGCCCUGCGCAAUCGCUGCCGCAACUUCCCUGGACUUAUUGGUAGCACCUACAUCGACUGGGUGUUCCCGUGGCCCAGGCAAGCCCUGUACGCGGUGGCCAAGCUCUUCCUCACCGAGCACGCCCUGAUUCCGGCUGCACAUCGCGAUGCCAUCGUGGAGCAUGUGGUCCAUGUGCACACGACCAUACAGCAGUAUUCCAGGGACUAUCUGGCCAAGCUAAGGCGUAAUAAUUUCGUGACGCCAAAACAUUAUCUGGAUUACAUAAAUACCUACAGAGGAUUGCUGGAGGAAAAGGCCAAGUUCAUCACCCAACAACGUUCCCGUCUCGGCGAGGGCAUCAAAAAAAUCGAAGAGGCUUCCGUUCAGAUCGACGACCUGCGUAUUAUUGUCACGGAGCAAAAGAAGAACGUGGCCGUCGCCUCGGAGGAGUGCGAGGCCAUGCUAGUCACCAUCGAGUCCUCAACGGUGAAGGCCAACACAAAGAAGGCCGAAGCCUCGGAGAAAUCCGUCGAGGUGGAGGUCAAGGGUAAGCAGAUUGCCAUCGAGAAGGAAGAGGCCGAGGAGAUUCUGGCCGAUGCUAUGCCUGCCCUGGAGGAGGCCAGGCGAGCCCUGUCCGAGCUGGAAAAGGCACAGAUCACCGAGAUCCGAUCCUUUGCCACGCCCCCGGCCGCCGUGCAAGUGGUCUGCGAGUGCGUGGCCAUCCUGAAGGGCAUCAAGGAGAUCAACUGGAAGUCGGCCAAGGGCAUGAUGAGUGACGUGAAUUUCCUGAAGAGUCUGAUGGAGAUGGAUUGCGAGGCUCUGACGCAGAAGCAGAUCACUCAGUGCCGGCAGCACAUGAAGACCCAGAACCUGGACGAUAUGGGCAAGAUCUCCGUGGCCGGAGCCGGCCUCCUGAAGUUUGUGAAGGCCGUUUUGGGCUUCUUCGAUGUGUAUCGCGAGGUCAAGCCGAAGAAGGAGCGCGUUGACUUCCUCGUCGAGGAGCAGGAGGUGCAGAUCAAGCUGCUCAAUCACCUAAACAGUGAGAUCCAGAAGCUGGAGGAGAAGCUAAACGAGUUGAAUGAGAACUAUGCUGUGUCCAUGAAGCAAAUGCGUGCCCUCACCGAGAUGAUGCAGCAGGCAGAGCGGCGCCUGAUAGCCUCCGACAAGCUGAUCAGUGGCUUGUCCUCCGAGCUGAUCCGCUGGAGCAAAGAGAUGGCCAGUCUGGGGCAGCAGCUGACGGACAGUGUGGGCAUGUGCCUGAUUAGCGCCUCAUUCCUGGCCUAUACCGGAGCCUUCACCUGGGAGUUCCGCAAGACGAUGGUCUUUGAAGACUGGCUUGAGGACAUCGUCUCCAUGGGCAUUCCCAUUUCCCUGCCCUUCAGGAUCGAUGCCUACCUCACCACCGACGUGGAGAUCUCCCAGUGGAGCAACGAGGGACUGCCGCCGGACGAGCUGUCCAUCCAGAACGGCAUCCUCACCAUGCGCGCCUCCCGCUUCCCGCUCUGCAUCGAUCCCCAGCUGCAGGCACUGCAGUGGAUCCGCAAGAAGGAGACGCGAAACAACCUCAAGGUGCUCUCCUUCGGCGACUCUGACUUUCUCAAGCAGCUGGAGAUGGCCAUCAUGUACGGCACGCCCGUUCUCUUCGAGGAUGUGGACGACUACAUAGACCCGGUAAUCGACGACAUCCUGCAGAAGAACCUUCGCACUCAAGGCGGCCGCAAAUUCGUCAUGCUGGGCGACAAGGAAGUGGACUGGGAUCCCGGCUUCCGCGUCUACCUCACCACCAAGUUCUCCAACCCCAAGUUCGAUCCGGCCGUCUAUGCCAAGGCGCUGGUCAUCAACUACACGGUGACUCAGACUGGUCUGGAGGACCAGCUGCUAAGCGUGGUGGUGGGCACCGAGCGACCCGAUCUGGAGGCGCAGCGAGAGUCCCUCAUCGCCCAGACCAGCGAGAACAAGCAGCUGCUGCAGCAGCUCGAGGAUUCUCUGCUUCGCGAGCUGGCUACAUCGACGGGCAAUAUGCUGGACAACACGGAGCUGAUCGAGACACUGGAGAACACCAAGACCAAGGCGGCCGUCGUCAUGGAGCAGCUGAAAUUGGCCGCCGACACGGCGGCAGACAUUGAGGUACUGCGUAAUGGCUACCGGCCAGCAGCCAAGCGCGGAGCUGUGCUCUUCUUCGCGCUCUCGGACAUGGCGACCGUAAACAGCAUGUACCAGUAUGCACUGGCCGCCUACCUGGACGUCUUUGUCUACUCCCUGCGCAAGGCCGUGCCGGAUGCAAGUCUCAAUAAGCGCCUGAACAACAUCAUAAAGACGCUGACGGAGAAUGUCUACUGCUACGGUUGCACAGGCAUUUUCGAGCGGCACAAGCUACUCUUCUCCUUCCAGAUAGCCACCAAGCUGGCCCAACGGGAUGGCAUCCUGCUGCAGUCCGAGCUGGAUUUCUUCAUCAAGGGCAGCAUUGCCUUGACUAAGAGCGAACGCUCCAAUCCCAGUAAGUGGCUGCCGGAAAAGAGCUGGGAGGAUCUGCUCAAACUGGCCUUUGAUUUUCCUGAGACUUUUGGCACCCUGCCGGAUCAUUUUGGUCGUUUCCUGACGGAGUGGAAAGAGUGGUUCGACUUGGAGAAUCCCGAGGAGGUGGCAUGUCCGGGCGACUACAACAUCAAAUGCAAUGCAUUCCAGAAAUUAAUGUUCCUGCGCUGCUUCCGCGUGGAUCGCAUCUUCCGAAGCAUAAAUCAAUAUAUAGUUGAGACGAUGGAUGAGUUCUACAUUAUGCCGCCGGUGGUGAGCUUUACAGCCAUCUUCGAGCAGACCUCCAGCACGAUUCCCGUGUGCUUUGUGCUUAGUGCCGGCUCGGAUCCCACCAACGAUCUGAUCAAGCUGGCGGACGCUAUCGUGGGCAUGUCCAACUUCUGCCACAUCUCGCUGGGACAGGGUCAGGAGAAGGCCGCCCUGGGUCUGCUGGAUAUGGCCAUCAAGCAGGGCAUGUGGCUGAUGCUGCAGAACGGGCACCUGCUCAUCAGGUUCGUAAGGGAGCUGGAGAAGUAUCUGGACCGGAUGGAGAGUCCCCAUCCGGACUUUAGGCUGUGGAUAACCACAGAUCCCACGCCCACAUUCCCCAUUGGCAUUCUGCAGAAGUCCCUCAAGGUGGUCACGGAGCCACCCAAUGGCCUGAAGCUCAAUCUGCGCUCCACCUACUUCAAAGUGCGGCAGGAGCGCCUCGAGAGCUGCUCGAAUCCCGCCUUCCGCCCGCUGGUCUAUGUGCUGGCCUUCUUCCACGCCGUCGUCCAAGAGCGCCGCAAGUACGACAAGCUGGGCUGGAACAUAGCGUAUGACUUUAACGACACCGACUUCGAGGUCUGCACCGAGAUCCUGCGCACCUACCUGACGCGCUGCAUCGGUGGCAAGCUGCCGUGGAACAGCCUGAAGUACCUCAUCGGCGAGGUGAUGUACGGCGGCCGCGUCAUCGAUGAUUUUGACCGGCGCAUCACCAACUGCUAUAUGAACGAGUACAUGGGCGACUUUCUGUUUGAUGAAUUCAAUUCCUUCCACUUUUACGAGGACGAGAACGUGGACUACUGCCUGCCGGACGAGGAGACGGUGCUGAAGGAGGACUACAUAGCGCACAUCGACAAACUGCCGCUGGUCAACAAGCCGGAUGUGUUUGGUUUGCAUCCGAACGCGGAAAUUGGUUAUUACACAAUGGCGGCUCGCAGCAUUUGGAACAGUUUGAUUGACUUGCAGCCGCAGACGGGUGAGGGCACGGGCGGAAUCAGCCGCGACGAUUUCAUCGACUCGGUGGCCGCCGGGAUACUGAAGAAGCUGCCGCCCGCCUUCGAGACAUGGCGCAUUCGCAAACAGAUCCAGAUGAGCCUGUCGCCCACCGGCGUGGUCCUGCUGCAGGAGCUAGACCGCUUUAAUCUCCUGGUGGUGCGCAUCAAGAAGACGCUGGAGCUGCUCCGCAAGGCCAUUGCCGGCGAAAUCGGCAUGGACAAUGUGCUGGACAACAUUGCCAACUCGUUGUUCAAUGGCCUCCUGCCAGGCGCGUGGAGCAAACUGGCGCCGGCGACAUGCAAACAGUUGGCCAGCUGGCUGGAGCACUUGCGGCUCCGGGCCGUGCAAUACAAAUACUGGACGCUCUCCGGCGAGCCCCUGGUCAUGUGGCUGUCAGGUCUGCAUAUACCGCAGAGCUAUCUCACGGCCCUGGUGCAGAUUGCCUGUCGCCGAAACGCUUGGCCCCUGGACCGCUCCACACUCUUCACCUACGUAACGAAAUUCGCAGACCCCGACGAUGUGGAGGAGCGCCCAGUGACGGGCUGCUUUGUGCACGGUCUGUACAUCGAGGGAGCACGCUUUGACUUGGCCACUAAUCAGCUGGCGCGUUCCCAUCCCAAGGUCCUGGUCGAGGAGCUGGCCAUUCUCGCCGUGGAGCCCAUUGAGGCGCACCGUCUCAAGCUGCAGAACACUUUCCUGGCCCCAGUUUAUACAACGUCACUGCGCAGGAAUGCCAUGGGCGUGGGCCUGGUCUUUGAGGCAAAUCUGGCCACCUCCGAAGAUCUGAGUCACUGGAUAUUGCAGGGCGUCUGCUUAACGCUCAAUACGGACCUCUAAGGCUAUAUAGAAGACUGAUUUAUUUAUUUAAAAUUCAUU